GUUGGGGCAGACCGUCGCCUUAUGACGUUUCGCGACAUUUGACAUUUUGCCGUUUGUGCACCGUUCGCUAUUUGAAGCUGUGCAAGAGCUGUUUUUUUAAUCAACGUACGCCAGAUGUACGCAAACCAUCACGAUCCAGUGUGACGGACAGCCGGUACCGGUUGAAAUGGCGAUUCACAGCUGAUUUGAAAAAAGCGUACCCGUAGCUGUCAUUGCCCAAAAGCAACCGCUCGGGGCUUGUAGCGCUGUAAACAAUCAACAUUCCAAUGAAAAAGGCACUUUCGAAACACAUUUCCACUCUUUAAGUAAAUUUUAGCUGGCAAUAGUGUCCCAAACUACAACGCGCCAAACAGUGGCCAACGUCUUGAAAAGUGUCCAGCAAAUCCGAACGCUUACCGGCGUCCGAUGCGAAGGGAGCUAACUUUUAAAGUUUAGAAAUUAAAAGCUUCACCAUGGCCAACCAGUACGGUGCGAGCCGGAAUCUCAUGAAGCAAACGUGCAACAAGAACGUCGGCACCAGGGUGGACGUGCUGAAGUGGAGCCAGGAGAUGGAUCUGCUCGCGAUGGGCACGGAAAAGGGCGAGGUGUUGCUACACCGGCUCAAAUGGCAAAAGGUGUGGCAGCUAAGCCCACCGGAAGAUGGUCUCAAGGUGCGGGGCUUGGCAUGGCGACCGUGUGAGAAAUUCAUCGCAAUCGGUUAUAGCAACGGUACCAUCCUGCUGGUCGAUUUGGAAACGAAGGAAGAAAUUCACAGCUUCUCUGUGAAGCAGGACAUCACCUGCCUGACCUGGACGGAAAACACGGACGAAAUAGGCACCGACGAUGUCAGCCACAGUUCGGUGACCAGUCACACAAAGUACCUGCCGGAGCUGCCCGUGCUCAGCUCGCUGUCCUCGUCGGCCAAGCCGAUCAAUCCGAACCGUAGCAGCUACUGCUCGAAGCACAUUCUUUGCAUUCUGCUCAUCGGAACGGUGACCGGUACGGUGCAUCAGUCCGCCCUCGGCAUGCUGCCGUGCGGCAGUGUCGAUGUGUUUGGCGCCCUGGGCCUUCCGGCGACCGCGACGGCCCGCAUCCGCGAGCUCAAGAUGACCCACGACUACAGGCAGCUGAUCGUGGGCCUGCAGCAGGACGAUACGCUCCAGGUGAUCGUGCUGGAGAACGGUGUGCUGCACCGGUACGCGCCGGCCGUACUGAACUUGGCCCUCAAGCACGCCCAGCUGCUGGGUGCCAUGGCGUACAUUAGCGAAACGAUCGACUGUAUCAUCGAGGCGUGGGAAACGGUACUGCUCGAGAUGGACAACAAGCUAACGAACUACGCGAAGGACCAGCCGGACGGGUCGAUAUCGGCCGACUUCCUGGAGCUGCUCAUGUUUGGCACCGCGUCACCCUCGCUCGAGCAGUUCCUGCUGCGCGAUCUCACCGAGAAGGGGCUGCGCAAGCUCGGCUACAGCAUCGAGCUGAGCUACGUCACCAUCCAGCGGCUGGUGGUGAAACCGCUCUACACCGCGAUCCACGCCGUCUUCUACCAUCUGAACGCGCUGGACGGGAUGCUGCGCAACCGGUUCUACUACGGCACGCUGAUGUGCGACACGGCCAGCGCGUCGGAAUCGCUGCGCUGCUGCGGCGCACUGCUCAUCAAAGCGCACGAGCUGCAGCAAACGAUCGAUGCGUCCAAGCGGGACUUUAAAAUCUUCUUCCGCUGGCUGUACGUGGUAAUAGUGCGCGUGAUGGAUGAAACGUUGCAGGAAAACCAUCCCACCAUCACGCAGCGCGAGAUACACUAUUUGGCGCAGUUUUUGAGCAACUUUGACACGGUGGCGCAAAGUAGUGCGGCGGACCAGCAGGAGGAGGGCCGCGGGAUGAUCGAAUCGCGCCGCAAGUUCAACCUCGAACGGGUCGGCCAGUACCUGGAGGACAAACCGCUCGUCCACCCGAUGGCGAACGAUGGGGAGGAGAACGAGUGGAAACGAUUGCUGGCGCAGAACGAGUGCUUGCGCCAGUGCGGUGCGAUCUUUCCGCACCACGAAAACAUGUCGCUGCUGCAGCAGCAAAAGCUGCUCAAGCAACAGAUCGAGCAGCUGUUCGGCCAGCCGGAGAAGGUGGUGGGGGCGGACUACAAGCAGAAGAAUCUGCUCACGAUACACGCACCGGCCGGUACGGAUGUCCGAGCGUUUGCCUUUGCCACCCACCAGCGGGACAGCGUGACGCUGCUCGCGAUCGUGCAGUCGAGCUGCAGCCUGCUGCUGGUGGAAUGUUUUAACGACGGAGGAUUCAAAGCCGUGCGACUGCACUUUGAGGAAAAACCGUACUUUGAUCAGCGGUUCGACGCCAUCGGUACGCUAUCCUUUCACCAUGUGGAUUUCUACGACGAGGACACGCUGUCGCUGCUGUUGCGCGCUCAGGCAGCGGGCGAGGAGCGAACGGUCAGCUGUUACUUUUUGCAGCUAAAUCUGGGCGCGGUGCGUGAGUUUCUCGCUACGGUAGAGGCGCGCGAGUACAUGCAGACCGUUACGGAAGAUGCGGCCGGCUGUCAUGCGAUCAAUGCGUACACGCUGAUCGACGAAAGCUCGCUUAAGCUGCUGGAGAGUCCGGACGGGCACAGGAUCGCGGUGUCGGGCAAGCGGAACAUGAUAGCGGUGCUAGCUGAGUCGCUGAAAAACGUCCGAGUGUACGAUAUGGAUGCGCAGGAGGAUGAGGAAGAUUUGCUGGAUACAUCGUCGCAGAUCAACAGCAGUCUCGAGAACAGCCAGGAGUCGGUGCAAACGUGAAUGAGCACGGCAGAAGCUAGGAUACUAGGAAGUACAAUAAAUGGAAGAUCGAGUGUCUCGAAAACCUCUGAACAAUGUGAUACAUCAACCGUCGAGAAGAAAGACUCGCAAACUCUCCGGAGUUGGUUGGUUGUUGCUUUAUGGUUUAUUAAUCAUUCGCCACAACCGAAUACGCCGCAAUGCUCCGUAACUGAAUAUCCUUGCAGGGUAAGUAGUACAUCCGGAACCACCGCCACCACCCACCAACCAACCAGGGGAAGGGGUUGCAAACAGGUUGGCACGCUUACAAACGACGUCCACGACGACCACCCUUGCGGCGGGUAGAAUCCGACGGGAUCGGGGUCACAUCCUCGAUGCGGCCGAUCUUCAUCGACGAACGGGCGAGCGCACGGAGCGCCGACUGGGCACCCGGGCCGGGCGUCUUGGUGCGGUUACCACCGGUAGCGCGCAGCUUGAUGUGCAGUGCGGUGAUGCCGAGCGAUUUGCACUUCUCGGCCACAUCCUGGGCGGCCAACAUAGCGGCGUACGGGGACGCUUCGUCACGAUCGGCCUUCACCUUCAUGCCGCCCGUCACCCGGGAGAUGGUUUCCUUGCCGGACAGAUCCGUCACAUGCACGAACGUAUCGUUAAAGCUGGCGUAGAUGUGUGCCACGCCGAACACAACCUCACCGUCGCGGACCUGCGGGCCGAGCGACACCUGCACCUCUUCCUUCGCGACCUUAUUCUUGCGAGACGGAGCCAUGGCUAUGCGUCGGGCAGCUUGCUAACGAGCGGGGACGUGUUUUUACGCCUGAAAUUGAAACAACGCGCGAGCGUCGAUGUUGCACGGUUAGGUGGA